AUGAUGCUGAGGCGGGAUGUCGUCAAGACGAUCGGUAUGAUGCUGAGGCGGGAUGUCGUCAAGACGAGCGAUAUGAUGCUCAGGCGUGAUGUCGCCAAGACGAGCGAUGUGAUGCUGGGGUGGGAUGUCGUCAAGACGAUCGAUAUGAUGCUGAGGCGGGAUGUCGUCAAGACGAUCGAUGUGAUGCUGAGGCGGGAUGUCGUCAAGGCGAGCGAUACGAUGCUGAGGCGGGAUGUCGCCAAGACGAGCGAUGUGAUGCUGGGGUGGGAUGUCGUCAAGACCAUCGAUAUGAUGCUGAGGCGGGAUGUCGUCAAGACGAUCGAUGUGAUGCUGAGGCGGGAUGUCGUCAAGACGAUCGAUAUGAUGCUGAGGCGGGAUGUCGCCAAGAUGAGCGAUGUGAUGCUGGGACGGGAUGUCGUCAAGACGAUCGAUAUGAUGCUGAGGCGGGAUGUCAAGACGAUCGAUGUGAUGCUGAGGCGGGAUGUCGUCAAGGUGGAGGAGCUACACGGCCGGGAGGGCACGUACCAGGUGGAAGAGGUGGGCCAGGGCCAGCGUGCCACCGACGCCAGUCGCGAGCAGCUGAGAUGUCAGGCGGGAUAUAACGACCGGCAGUGUUACAGGGAGACGAGCAACAGUUACCAGAACGUGGAAGACGUGAAGACAUUCAACAGCGAAGUCCAUGAAUAUGAAUAUUACCCAUACGAGAGCUUUGGGAAGCACGUGACGGUGGUGGAGCCGAUCAUGAGCUACGCGUACGCCCACCCGGUGAUGCGGCCGUACCAGACGCAGCAGCCCGGCUACCACCCGCUGCGUACUGUCUCCUACGUACCGGUGCAGUUUCCGUCGUACAAGCACGCGGCGGACGCGGCGCCGGCUGAGGACCAGCCGGCCGUGGGAGACGGCGAGGCUCUGGGUCCCGUGCCGGACGCGACGGCAGCGGCCGACACCGUCGAGGCGGUCGACUCGGAUCAGGCGGCGGCGGCCUCCGUCCUGCGUGAGGUGGUCGUGGCGCCGGCGUGGGCGGCGCGCGCGGCCGCGCCAGCCGCCACCGUGUCUGACCCUUCUGCGGUCGCCGCUGCGCCGGUGCAGUCCCAGUGGCAGCCCACGCCGACCCAGUACCAGCUGGUACCCGCCGGCAGCCAGCACGCCACCGUGCCGCCCGUCGACUACGGUCACGUGUACCGGAACGGACGCGUGCAGCGCGCCGGCGACUUCGGCGGCUAUGACCGCCGGCACGUCCGCGAGGGCAACAUCCCCGGCUACUACAUCAGCUGCGUGAGGGGCGACAGCGGCGAGCCGGUGGUGCACCUGGUGCCAUUCGCGGAUACACCGGCGCCUGGGAACGUGGCCGGCGGCGGCCGAGAGAGCCGAGAGUGGCGGGGCGAGAGCGAGGCGCCGGCGCCGCCCCGCGUCGUCCGGCCAGGCAGUCGCGUGCGGAAGCCAGCGAGAGACGGUCGGAGCCAGCCGACGAGGCCGGACCCGGGCACAGGCGCACGCGCACAGUCAGGAAAUUGUUGGCUGGGAACGGCGAUAAAACCGGCCGCUGCCUCACGGAAAGUUGACGAGCGGCCAACAAAACAGAAACGAUGCGGGCUUGGACGGCCGCUGCGCUGCUGCUUCCGCUGGCCUUGGCCAGCUACCCAGCUGCCAAGGGACCCUCCAGCUACGGCGGAGGCGGAGGUGGAGCCGAGUACAAGAUCGAGCCGGCCGGGCAUUCGGAGGAGUUCCGCUGGGCCGGGCCUGGAUACCACGUUCCCGGCUAUGUGCCGCGCCCAGCCGCACCUGCCCAAGUUCAUCUGGAUGGGGCGGCCCAUGUACAACGCCAUGUGGGUGCCCAAGGCGCCUACGCCCUCGGGCAAGGGCUACGGUCCGCCGAAGCCGGCCACCUAUGGCGGUAACGGAGCCGUGACCAUUGUCGGCGGCGGCGGCGGCGGCUCCAAGGGACACGGAGGAGGCUCCAAGGGCCACGGCGGCGGCGGCGGCGGACACGGCGGAGGCUCCAAGGGCCACGGAGGCGGCGGCGGCGGACACGGAGGAGGCUCCAAGGGCCACGGAGGCGGCGGCGGCGGACACGGCGGAGGCUCCAAGGGCCACGGAGGUGGCGGCGGCGGGCACGGAGGAGGCUCCAAGGGCCACACCUCCCAGCCGGCGGCCAGUUAUGCGGCACCGGUGACCAGCGGUGGCUACGGGCCGCCCAAGGACGCGAUUUCCGGAGGCCCAGUGCAGUCGUAUGCUGCUCCCGUGCAGGUCAGCGGCAGCUACAGUGCCCCAGCCGUCGAAGAGAGCUACGGAGCGCCAGUCGUCGAGGAGAGCUACGGAGCGCCGGCCGUCGAGGAGAGCUACGGAGCGCCGGCCGUCGAGGAGAGCUACGGAGCGCCGGCCGUCGAGGAGAGCUACGGAGCACCAGCCGUGGAGGAAGGGUACGGAGCUCCCGCCCAGCCCCAGGAGGAGUACGGUGCCCCUGUCGUGGAGGAGGGAUAUGGUGCUCCCGCCCAACCCGAAGCGGGAUACGGGGCUCCAGAUGUUGAACAAGGCUACGGAGCCCCAGCUCAGGCUCAGCAGGAAUAUGGAGCCCCGGCUCAGGCUCAGCAGGGUUACGGAGCCCCGGCUCCGGCCCAGCAGGAAUACGGAGCUCCGGCUCAGGCUCAGCAGGAAUACGGAGCUCCGGCUCAGGCCCAGCAGGAAUAUGGAGCCCCGGCUCAGGCCCAGCAGGAAUACGGAGCUCCGGCUCAGGCUCAGCAGGAAUACGGAGCUCCGGCUCAGGCCCAGCAGGAAUAUGGAGCUCCAGCUCAGGCUCAGCAGGAAUACGGAGCGCCAGCUCAGGCUCAGCAGGGAUACGGGGCACCAGCUCAGGCUCAGCAGGAAUACGGAGCUCCAGCUCAGGCACAGCAGGGGUAUGGAGCCCCAGCACAGGCUCAGCAAGAAUACGGAGCUCCAGCUCAAGCUCAACAGGAAUACGGAGCUCCGGCUCAGGCCCAGCAGGAAUACGGAGCCCCGGCUCAGGCCCAGCAGGGUUACGGCGCUCCAGCCCAGGCCCAGCAGGGUUACGGCGCUCCAGCCCAGGCCCAGCAGGACUAUGGAGCUCCGGCUCAGGCCCAGAGCGGGUACGGCGCGGCCGGCGGCGGCGCCACCGUUGGCGGGUACGGCUCACCUAAGCAGGCCUCUGUGAUCGACUACAGCGCGGCCCAGUACUACCCGACGGCGCAGGUGGCGCCUCAGUCCUCACCGGUCUCAAACGUAGCCGCGCUCGACCCAGCAGCGUACGGAGCGCCCAAGCCCGACUCGAUCCUGGGCCAGUACAGCUCCCAGUCGGCGGCAACGGCGCCGGCGCAAGACUACGGCCAGCCGGCACCGGCGCAGGACUACGGUCAGCCGGCGCCUGUGCAGGCCGAGGCGCCGGUACAGGGAUACGGAUCGCCGCGACCCAACAGCAUCGUGGCGAACGGCGGAGCGCAGCAGGGCUACGUGGCGCCGGCCGCCGAGCAGGGCUACGCGGCGCCGGCGGCAGCGCAGGAGGGCUACUCGGCUCCCGCGUCCGACUCCAUCAUCACGCUGGAGUCGUUGCAGGCGCAGCAGCAGCAGGGCGGCCAGGACUACGGCGGCGGCGGCGACGUGUUCGUCAACAUCCAGAGCUCGUUCGCGUACGGCGGCGAGCAGCCGACGCAGGCGCCGCAGGACUACGGCCCACCGAGCCCGACCGACAUCGUCACCGGUCAGUACAACCUGAACUCGCCGCCGACGGCGCCGCAGGGUUACAGCGGCCCGAACCCCGGCAGUCUGCUGCCGCAGCAGGGCUUCGACACGCAGUACCCGCAGGCCUCCGAGUACCGUGAAGAGGUGAUCAAGCCGAACGAGCUGGCCGGCCCCGAUGAUGUCAACAUCGUGGAGAUCGUGGAGGUGGUGGAAGACCCGCUGGCCGUCAAUGAGGAGAUCCAGGUGGUGGACGAGAAGGGCAACAGCGAUGUCUUCUUCGUGUACUACCCAGAUCAGGAGGAGGAAGCCCCCGCGGAACAGCCUGAGGAGGAGGAGGAGGAGGCGCAGGCGCCAACGCAGGAGGAGGAGCAGGCGCCAGUCGAGGAGGUGGAGGAGGAGGUUGCCCCGACUGAGACGCCCACCACCGCCGCACCAGCUCCCACCACGACCACAACCGCCCGGCCCUCCCGCCGACCAUUCUUCAACUUGCCGACGCGACGGCCCUACAUCAGCUCGUUCUACAACCGACAGAAGAGCUCGACGGAGGCGGCCGAGCCGGAGGCGGAGGGCGCCACCGUCGCGUCGGCCGCCGCCGCCGCCACCGAGGAGGCCGCGGGCGCCAGUACCACGGCCAAGCCCAGGUCUCGACUGGACCAGGUCCGUAACAGGAAGCGGCGGCCUGUCCCGUUCGGCGCCCGGCUCAGGCCAAAGUUCUAUAAGGAGACGGAGGAGGAGAAGGAGAAGGCGGAGGAGUGAUGUGUGCGCUCGUAGUGUGGGGACGGACGCUAGAAUCGCAGUGACCAGUGCCAGCCAGGGGUGAGAAACAACAGGGGCCGUUAUGAGCGAACGUCGAAGCUCGACUCGGCUGCAAAGGCAAGGCAAGUGCGACCCAUCAGGAAUGUUCCACUAACCGUUGUUACUACGCGAGCGCACAGGCGCACAUGGCUGGCAGAUGCUAUGACCUUGCUGGGCUACACUCCAAGAAUGGAUGCGGAUGUCUUAUGAAAGCAUUGAUUCCCUCCCGCUCAGGUGUCAUGUUUGUCCGCCGCGCGGCUGCUCAAACCGUUGUUAUUGUUGUUAACUGCAGACAGCUGACCUGCCGGGCAGCCCCGGGCGCUAGAGCCCCCAGUCCCCGCGCGACUGUGACCGAAUGGGUUUGAAUGCGGCUGCGAUUUCCAGCGGGAUUGUGACGGAGCGCGGUGCCGAGCGAGUGGCGCGACUGUGACCUUCGCCGGGCUCUGUUUGGCCGCGGCCGCUGCCGGCCGGUGUUGUGGAUCACAGGUGGCUCCGCGCCGUCUGGCGGUCGCCCCUCCGCGCGGCGAUCGUUCACGACUCGACAAUACAGCCAUCGACACAGG